CCAGCCGGCCCUGCAAGAGCAUUGACGUUGACCUUGUAAUUAAUGACUUUUAGGCCGGUGAUUGUUCCUCCCUUAACUGGAAGAAAUGCCACUCAUCUCCCAUCUCAAAAUAUUCAGGUGACAUGUCGUCGGAUUUGGCCAGUUGGUUAUGGUUACUUAGCGCUUUCAUAGCAGGUGUGAUUUUGAGUCCGAUAAUAUCAGGCAGAUUACCCAUUUGGAAAUCCUAUCAAGCUGAUCAGCAAGUUAUAACUUGCAGCAGCGCCCUGAGCAACGACGAAGAUUCAUCUUCCUAUCAUUCGCAGGUCUAUAGAUACGAUGUGUUCCUAAGCUUCCGUGGUCCUGACGUCCGCAACAAUUUCGUUGCUCAUCUUUUCGAACGUCUCGAAAGAAGAGGCAUUUUCACAUUCAAGGAUAAUGUAAGGCUCCAGAGAGGAAAUGAAGUUUCUACAGAGCUAAGGGAUGCAAUUAGAGAUUCACGCCUUGCUAUUCUUGUCUUCUCUAGCAACUACCCCAAAUCAUGGUGGUGUCUCCAAGAAAUGUCCACUAUAGCUGAUCUCCACCGAAAAAAGAAACAAAUUGUUGUCCCAGUUUUCUAUCACGUUCCUUCUUCGAAUGUUAGAAGACAAGCGGGCCCGUACCUUGACCACUUCAAUUUACAGCAAUCCAGGUAUCCCGAAGAAACAAUUAACAAAUGGAAGACUGAUAUGACGUAUUUGUCCAACGUGUAUGGCUUCGAUAUAGUAGACUCAAACGGACAAGAGCCUAACCACCUGGAACGGAUUAUUGGUGACGUGGCAAAGAAAUUGAAUCAUAGUUUCACAUUAAUUACCAGUGAUCUAAUUGGGAUACAACCCCGAGUAGCAGAGCUCGAAAGACGACUCAAGUUAACAUCAAAGGAUGUUACUUUUCAAAUUCUUGAAAUUUGGGGCAUGAGCGGUAUAGGAAAGACAGUUCUUGCCAAGAUCUUGUACGACAGAAUCUCUUAUCAAUUUGAUGCUUGCUGUUUUAUCCAGGACGUAAACCAUAUUCAUAAAAGUCAUGCCAAUGCCAGCCAGACUGCUAUUACAAUGGUUCAAAAACGAAUUCUUCAUCAAAUGUUUCAGGAACAAGUACAUUCUGACGAUCCUGCCGAAAUAGCCAAGAUGCUACAAAACGGAAUAUGUAACCCAAAUCUUCCAAAAAGGGUUCUUAUAGUGCUUGAUGAUGUCGGUGAUUCAAAGCAAUGGGAUGAUUUGGGUAUAGUUCCUAACUUACUUGGUGCGGGAAGCAGAGUUGUCAUAACUACUAGAUUUGAGCAUAUUCUUAAUGUGAAUGCACCGUAUGAAAUUCACGAGGUUCAACUAUUGAAUGAUGAUGAAGCUCUUGAACUUUUUCAAAGAACAGCCUUCAAAAUUGAUUGUCAUAGUCCCGCUAUCAGUGAUGUAUCUGGUAAGAUAAUAGAAUAUGCUCAGUAUCUUCCUUCAGCAAUUGUAAAACUGGGUAACUACUUCAAUCAAAAUGCUGAAGAGCUUUGGGAAAGAUGCUUCCAGAGAUGGAGAGAAUAUCCGGAAGAAAACUAUAUGAAUUCUCUGCAGGAAAAAAAUUACCAAUUUCUGAAUGAAGAUGAGAAGAUGAUCUUUCUAGAUAUAGCCUGUUUCCUUGCGGGAAAAAGGAAGAAGUAUGUGGAGCACAUUCUAGCGAGUAGAAUAUCAGAUCCUUACCUCGCAAUUCAAGGGAUCCGGAAGAAAUCACUCAUAAAAAUUAGGAACAGCGAAAUUCAUAUGCAUCAAAUAUUACAAGAUUUGGGCAAGAAAAUUGUUCGGGGCAAUAAUAAAGAUGAGCCAAAAUGCUGGUCUAGAUUGUGGAAUGCGGAGGAUUUCCAAGAAGUCUUGAUAGAUACGGAAGGAAACAAAGUUCAGGCCAUAGUUUUGGAUGAAGAUGUCUCCAAAUGCAAGAAAAUUGGCGGAUUGUCAUAUCUGAGGGAUCUUAGACUGUUGAUAUUACGUCAUCAUAAGAGCUCCUCAGAAAACCUCACUUUUCGUUUCAAUAAGUUAUGCUAUCUUUCAUGGCAUGGUUUCUCUUACACUUCUUUGUCACUAUACAUAUGGUCUAAUCUUGCUGAAUUGAAUUUACCUAGUAGCAGCAUCCAACGACUAUGGGAUGGCAGCCAGUCCAUUCUUUCUUCACAGGCAAUUCCAACUCUAAAAAGGAUAAAUCUGAGGAACUCGAGAAAUCUUAUAAUCACUCCUAAUUUUGCAUGCUGCCGAGGACUUGUGCGGCUGGAUCUUACAAGAUGCACAAACCUAACUGAAGUCCAUGACUCAAUUGGACUUCUGAGAAAACUUGAUUACUUGAGUUUGCGAGAAUGUAGCAGUCUAGCCUUUCUUGAUUUCGGCACUAAUUGCCAGUUAAGUUCUCUAAGAACUCUACUGCUCUCUGGCUGCACCAACCUUAAGCAAACACCAGAUUUCACAGUGCUUUCAAAUCUUAGGUUCCUUGAUCUUGAGCGAUGUACAAGUUUGUCCAAAGUACACGAGUCUAUUGCUGCUCUUGCGAGGCUUAAGUACUUGAGCCUGAGAGGCUGCAAAAAUCUUGUUCAUGCACCUUACAUUCUCAAUGGCAGCUCGUCCCUCCUAAUUCUUGAUUUGAGCGGUUGCAUGAUGAUAACCAACCUUCCCGGCCGCAAAAGAAAAUUUUUGCAUUCCUCUUGUUUAGAAUCUUUGAUAUUUCUGAGUCCUGACUUCCUUGAGCCAAGAACUCCAAAUUUUUUUGGAGAGUUGAUGUUUUUCGAAGGGCUAAAUCCCGAGAAACAGAAUUUUAAUUCUGUCUUAGAUAUGAAGUGGCUUUGUUCUAAGCUAACAUAUUUAAACUUGGCACACUGUCAUGAGCUUACAAGAUUUCCCGAGGUUUCAUCUCGUGGUCUUCAUCAACGGCAUCAGCAACUCUCAAUGAUUCAAGAUUAUCUAUUUUCAGUUUCUACUGUGUGAAUGGCACUUGAUGGAAGAGGUAAAACAGAAUAUAAAGGAGGCCAAGGCGGAAGAAAAUAACGGCUGUCUAUGGACUCACACGUCUCAGAUUCAUAGGGAUCUCUUAUUGGAUAAAAGGUGAAGGGAAAGCUGUUUGGGAACACAGGUUUGAGCGGAACAAAAUCAUGGCCAAGAAGGAGUGGUUCAAAGAGAUGGAGAUGUCCCAAUGAAGAUCUAGUACACUUUUAUGGAGACAAUGGCUGCAACUACUGGUACAUGUAUGGGAUGAAGGAAGAAUUAUUAGAAGCCUCAAGUUGAGCUACUGAAGAUGAUUUAUGUAAUUCGGGGGAUAAUAAUUAUUUUGUUCUUAUGACAGGGGCUUUGAUUAUGAAGGCAUAAUCCAUAAUGCCCUUGGUGGUUCUUCUGAUUUGUUUUUGUUUGAUUGUAAAGGAAUGUUCAUAACUAUAUCUUUGAACUGUCUGAAUAAUCCAAUUCAGUUUAGAUUUGAAAAAAAAUUAAAAUAGCUUAAA